GGUCAUUGGUAUCUGUGAAUCGCGCAAAAUGAUUGUCACCUGAAUUACUUGAAUAAAAAGGCAACAAUAUUUUUGAGGUCUUAAUGGUUUAAGAGAAAAGAAGGACUUAAACCAACCACACAUGCAUAUGAACAUAACACACACAAUCUCACAUUGUCAGUGCAAAUGUAGUUACAUGCAACAGUGGUACAAGCAGUACGUCCUUCAGUGUAAAACCACAAUGUUGAAACUCUCCAUGCACCAAAAAAAUUGCAUCACAUCUCAAAAUAACACCGAACUUAAAGGCAUGAACAUAUGAUGUGUUAAGUUGGUCCGUGACGCACACCUGCAUAGACAGAGGUGAACCCAAUGGGUGGGACAUGGACGCGACAUGUGACUUAAUGGUCAGUAGUGUGUGUGUGUGUGUGUGUGUGUUGGGGGUGUUGGGGUGGGGGCGUCAGACGGUGCAGACCAUCCCGUCACUGAGCAGAGCUGCAGUCAUGGCCCAGGUGAAGGUAGCAGGGGACGCAGCGGCGAGGAGCCAACAAGACUGUGCAGAGGUGUACUCAGACAUGGCCACUGUCAGCUCCAGCGCAGAUAUAGGAGAGUCUUCGAGGAAGGGCUCAUUGUGUGAGACCUCCAUGGCGGUUGGUCUCGGCCGCCGGAGCAGGGCCUACCCCUCUCCAGCCAGGAGGCGCCACCGCACCACCUUCAGCCACAAGCAGCUGGAACAGCUGGAAGUGGCCUUUGCACAAAACCAGUAUCCCGACAUCUACUACAGAGAGGAGCUGGCCCGCAUCACCAAACUCAACGAGGCUCGCAUACAGGUGUGGUUUCAGAACAGAAGAGCCAAACAGCGGAAGCAGGAGCGAGCCUCCCAGAAGGUUCUCCAGUUGGGCGUGAUGCCGGGCCACCGGGCUCUGCUGGGGGGCAUGCACGUCCAGCCGUCCAGCAUGACUCGACAGUACUACACCCAGCCCCUGGCGCACAUCCCCCGCCUCUCCCCCAUGUUGCCCUCCGGGGCGUACUCCCGCCACCCGGGCCCGGUCAGCCAGUGCCCCUGCCCCAGUGUCGCCCCACAGCCGGCCUCCCAGCGCCAGCACGAGGACUGGUACAGCCCUCUGAGGGGCAACCUCCCCUCGCCCAUGUUCUCCCUGGCCUCCAUGCAGCCUCUGGACCCCACCUCUCACUGGAGCUAAGUUGUGGCCCUGUAACCAAUACAUUAAAACGUUUCCUUUUUUAUCUACACAUGUCUACAAUGAGUCCACAAUUUCACCCCUGCAUUUUACAAACUACUUAGUUCAAUUUAUUAACUUUCCAGAAACAAGUUUUCUGUUUCAAACACUAGGUCACCUCUGAAACAACUCUUCAUAACCUCAAUGUAUGUCAGAUAUCUAUGUUCACAUGUAUUAAAAAUAUCCUUUAAAUUGA